AAUGGAUAUAUGUUGAUAGCAAAUUCAAGGGAACUGUCGUGAAUAUAUCGCCGCUGAGAGGAUACUUCAUUGAUAUUCUGCAUAUUUGUUUAUUAAAAACAUGUCGAAAUAUAAAAUUGUUAUGGUUCGCCAUGGUGAGAGCGAAUGGAAUAAAUUAAAUCUAUUUUGUGGAUGGUACGAUGCUAAUUUAUCUGAUAAAGGUAAAACUGAAGCUUUGUCAGCUGGAAAAGCUGUUAAAGAAGCAGGUCUUACUUUUGAUGCUGCUCAUACGUCGGUCUUGACAAGAGCUCAAGAAACCUUGAAAGCUAUUUUGAAAGAAAUCAAUCAGGAGGAUAUACCUAUUCUUAAAACGUGGCGAUUAAAUGAACGUCAUUAUGGUGGUUUAACUGGUAUGAAUAAGGCAGAAACAGCAGCAAAAUAUGGAGAGGAACAAGUACAAAUCUGGAGAAGGUCUUUUGAUGUACCACCUCCUGCUAUGGAAUCUGAUCACAAGUAUUAUGAGACAAUAACUAAAGAUCCUAGAUAUGCUACUGAGCCCAAGCCUGAAGAAUUUCCUAAAUUUGAAUCAUUGAAAUUAACCAUUGAAAGGACUCUGCCUUAUUGGAACAAUGUUAUCAUACCACAAUUGAAAGAAGGAAAAAAAAUCAUUAUAGCUGCACAUGGAAACAGUUUACGAGGAAUAGUGAAGCAUCUUGAUCAAAUGACAAAUGAACAAAUCAUGGGCUUAAAUCUUCCUACUGGUAUUCCUUUUGUAUACGAAUUAGAUGAGAAUUUUAAACCAGUUGUUUCUAUGAAAUUCUUAGGUGAUGAGGAAACUGUCAAAGCAGCAAUGGCUGCUGUUGCUGCACAAGGAAAGGCAAAAUAAAGUAUUAAAGAGAGUCAUUCUCAAAUAUUAAUUUUCAGUCAAUGAUUGUAUCAUAAUUAAUGUUUCAUAUAAUUCAAAUUAUUGAUUAAACAAAAUAUAAGUAGAUGGAAAAAACUAACAAGUUAGAAAUAAGAACAUUAAAA